UAUUCGUAAUAAUCGGUGUGAUUGAAGUUAAAAAGACUUUCUUAAAUCGUACCAAAUUUAAAAACUUUUAUAAACUGAGUACCGUGCCGGUUAUUGGUCUUUCUUACAAAGGCCUUUACUGCGAUCUUUUCGAAGUGUUUUCGCAGUCAUUUCCAACUGAUUUGCUAAAAUAUGAUUGGUUUUUCAACACUCCUGUUUUUUUGAUCGACAGUCCUGCCGAUGCACAGAUUGUCUUAAAUUCGGAUAAAUGCAUUAACAGACCAUUUCCGUAUCGUCUGCUUACAGUGCCUGGAAUAUUGGUUGCACCGAAACCCAUUUGGAAACCGAAUCGACGGGCACUAAAUCCAACAUUCAAUACGACAAUGGUGACAACCUUUAUACCAACAUUCAACGAAAAAAGUAGGGUUAUCAUUAAUUAUGUGGAUCAGUUCAUCGAUCGGCCCAUCGAUUUGCAUAAAUUACUUUUUAAAAAGACUGUGGACGAAAUUUUAACAACGCAAUUUGGUCUAAGCUGGCCAUACCAAUCGCAAAGAGCCGACGAAAUUAAGACUUUAGUGGACGGAUACUAUGAGUGCUUGUUAUACCGUGUGUCUCAUAUAUAUUUAAAAUGGGAUUUUUUAUACAGAUUAACGGAUUUUUAUAAACGCCAAAUGAAAGUUCAAACGAAAUUUUUUCAAUUCAUUUCUGGUACACGAGAGUAUAAAAACACUGAAUUUCAAGGCAAACUGACUGAGGAUGAGAAUGAGCUAUACGAAAGAAUAUCCACGAACAAAUUGAAUUACUUGGAGAAAUGUCUGUGGUUGGAGGGCGAGAAACAGCUAACGAGGGAAAAUGUAUUGGAUGAAUUGGUAACAAUUUUAGUUGGUGGUUCAAACACCUCAGCUGACACACUAUUGCUUAUACUGCUAAUGUUGGCAACGCAUCAGGAUUGUCAAGAUCGUGUAGAGGCCGAGUUGCACGAACUGUUUGAGAGUGCUGAUGAUUGUGUAACACCGGAGCAUAUUGCAAAUUUGAAAUACUUGGAAGUAGUCAUAAAAGAGACGGUCCGGUUGUUCCCGAUUCUACCAGUUAAGUAUAUAAGUACUUUUUUCGCCCGAAAUUUCUUUUCAAUAAUUAUUUCAACUUUCCCAGUGAUGGGACGAGAAACAGAUGCCGAGGUUGCUAUACGCGGUGGAACUAUGCCAAAAGGUGCCAUGUUGAUGAUAAAUGUGCUUAAUAUUCAAAGAAGUCCGAAGUAUUGGGGCGAAAAUGCUCAUUUAUUUUAUCCUGAACGCUUUUUGCCGGAAAAUUAUGGCAAUGUACAUCCGUACGCUUUCAUCGGUUUCAGUGCGGGUCCAAGAAAUUGUAUUGGCGCCAAAUACGCAUGGUAUUCAAUGAAAAUUUUCUUAUCGAGUUUUUUGCGCCGCUUUAAAGUAACUACUGAUUUGGAAUACAAAGACCUUAAAAUAAAGUCCGGGAUGCUAUUGAACGUUGUAAACAAAAAUUCGGUACGAAUCGUACGACGAAAAUGGUAAUAAAUAAAUUU